AUGGAUAUCGAAGCCUGUGGUUGGAAUUAUCUGACACUGUUUAAAACAUCUAUCUAUCUAUCUAUCUAUCUAUCUAUCUAUCUAUCUAUCUAUCUAUACAUACAUACAUUCGAAGAGACAAGAAAAAGGCUCUCGGUAAUAUUUCACACUUGCUUAAUAUGUUUUUCUCUCUUUUUUUCUUUCUUUCUUUUUUUUCUUUAUUUCUUUCUUUCUUUGACGAUUAAGACCAUUCCUCAAAUGAUCAAUUAUUUUCAAGUGAAGAAUUUUGAUUUCUAUCCUUUUAUUGUUGAACUUGGUCACUCCAGUCGGCCAGAAAAGAAAUAUUAUUUGCGAGAUGGUUUCUCUCUAUUUCUCUCUCUCUCUCUUUCAUUCGUCUUCCUCAUCUCUUUCUCUCUUUCCCUUUCUCUCUCUCUCUUCCUUUCUCUCUCUCUCUCUCUCUCUCUCUCUCUCACCAAGCAAUGUUAA